AAGGCGUGCUGGAGCGUAGUGAGGUGAGCCCGCGGUUGCGAGCGCGCUGUGGGCUGCCGCCGGGUAGGCGGGAGUGACUUUGGGCUGCGUGGAGCGGCGGAGACGGCAGAAGCGCGAGGGCCUGUGUCCGGUACGACCAUGGCUGGCGCGCUGGUGCGGAAAGCGGCGGACUACGUCCGCAGCAAAGACUUCCGGGACUACCUCAUGAGUACGCAUUUCUGGGGCCCAGUGGCCAACUGGGGUCUCCCCAUUGCUGCCAUCAAUGACAUGAAGAAGUCUCCAGAGAUCAUCAGUGGACGGAUGACAUUUGCCCUCUGUUGCUAUUCUUUGACAUUCAUGAGAUUUGCCUACAAGGUGCAGCCUCGAAACUGGCUUCUCUUUGCAUGCCAUGCAACAAACGAAGUAGCCCAGCUCAUUCAGGGAGGACGGCUUAUCAGAUAUGAGAUGACUAAAAAGGCAUCAGCCUAGAAAUGGAAGGAACAAGCUCUUAAAAGGGACAGCACCCCAGCUACUGCUGCAGAGUCACAGAUUCCAUUAGCAUGAAUAGAAGGAAAUGUGGAAUGCUAUUUUUAUUAACCAUACCAUUUUUAUAGUUAUAGCUGAGAGUCCCUAAACAAACUCUCUGCUGCCUUACAAGUACUGAAUAUUUUCUCUUCAUAAAGAGUAGCUUAAAAUAUGCAACUAACUUAAUAAUUUCCGAUGAUGGUUUUAUCUGUAUUCAUAUGCACAUUAUCUAUUGGGAUUUGCUUAAUGAAAAACUGAACAGAGCAAAAUUUUAUAACUAAGUACUCAGAAUUCUUGACUUUAAUGAUAUCCAGCAGAUUGACACAUAUCUAAAAUCUGAUCUCCAGUGUUUGAAAAAAUCUGUGUAUCUCCAUGCAGUAUGUAUAUUAAGAUGCUGUAACUUAAAUGGCAAUAAAUGAUUUAAAUAUUUGUUAUAUGA